AUGGAUGAAGAAUUUUACACAAUUCCACCAACAUCCUUACCUCACGGAAACCAACCAAAUUUUACCGAAUUUCUUCACACUAAUACAGUUAGUAUUUUUGUUGAUAGUGAAUGGAAUGGAGGGAAUACUUCUUUGGAAGGUGUUAUUCAGCAUUGCCCAGCAAUUUAUAUCCCAACUCCAUUACAAAUUCCCCAAGCUGUUAAACAUAUUUAUAGCCGACUUGCUGCUUCCGCGGAUUCACUAGACCAUGGAGUUCCAGAAUUGAUACUUUCUCUUGUUGGAACAGGAAAUUCUUUUAGUUUUGAAAACUCUGAAAGGCUUAUUAACGGUCUUGGUAAGCUUUUCGGACGUUGUAGUCUUUGGGUAAUUACAAGUGGAGAACAUUCUGAUCCGUUAGCUUAUGCUGCUUCUAAAGCACUUCGUUCAGCUCUUUUACAUAGAGAUAACCCUGAAGAAACUUUAAUGAUUGGGAUAAAUUCUGCGGAUAUUGUAAAUAUUUUAUUUAUUAUUUGAAGGAAGACAUACUUUUAUACCUAAAAAUAAUGCUGAGGAGAUUUUCGGAUGUCCGGAAUCAAACCGAA